AUGCACUUCAGCCACAUUCCCCUCGCGGUCAUGACAGACUCGUACAAGAUCACUCAUCCUUCCAUUUACCCAGCGGCUCAACGCAUGGUCGCCUACGGAGAGAUGCGUCAGGCCUAUGACAAGGACCCUAACGACAACCGUAUGGUCGCCUAUGGUAUCCGAUACAUAAUUGAGAACUAUGUGGUCAAGAAGUGGACCCUGGAAGAUGUUGAGCAAGCCAAGGUGUUCUUCAAGACUCACAAUGCUGGCUUCACACCCUUCCCCUUCCCUGAGGACCUCUUCAUGAAGAUCGUCAAUGAACACGAUGGGUACUUUCCCUUGAAGAUCGAGGCCCUUCCUGAGGGAACCGCCAUCCAUGCACAUGUCCCCGUCUAUCAGAUCACCGCCGAUGGCGAGAUGAGUCGUCUGGUCACCUACCUGGAGACACUCCUGACCAUGAUCUGGUACCCAAUGACCGUCGCUACGCUGUCGAGACGCGCUCGCGACUUGAUUCAGGAAGCCUACAACAAGAGUGUUGAUGCUGACGGUUUCUGGUCCCUCGAGAGCCGUCUCCACGACUUCGGUUUCCGUGGAUGCACCAGUGUCGAGCAGUCUGUCAUCGGAGGCACUGCUCACUUGCUCAACUUUACAGGAUCAGACACCAUGAGCGCUUCCUUCUAUGCGCAGUUCCAUCUCAAUGGCGGCGAGGCUGUUGGAAACUCUAUCCCUGCCAGCGAGCAUUCUGUCAUGACCGCCUUCCGUACUGAGAAAGAAGCUAUGGAGGCCAUGAUUGCCGAAUUUGGCCAGGGCGUCUUUGCCUGCGUCAUGGACUCAUACGACUAUCAAAAGGCCCUUGACACUGUUCUUCCUGAGGUCGCCAGCUUCAAGCUCGAGAAGGGAGGGUUCCUUGUCCUCCGCCCCGACAGCGGUGAUAUUGUCGAGUCCGUCCUUGCGGGUCUCCGUGCUGCCGAGAAGGUCUUCGGGGCUGAUGUGAACAAGAAAGGAUUCAAGAUCAUUCGCGGAUGCGGCGUUAUUCAAGGAGAUGGAGUCAGCUACAAGUCGUUGGGUCAGAUCCUUAAUGCUGUCAUUGCUGCCGGUUACUCUGCCCAGAAUUGCGCAUUUGGCAUGGGCGGUGGUCUUUUGCAGAAGCUGAACAGAGAUACCAUGUCCUUUGCGACAAAGCUCAGUCACAUCGUCUAUCUCGAUGGCACCAAGAGGGAUGUCAUGAAACACCCUAAGACAGAUUCGGACAAGAUCAGCUUGCCCGGUAUCCUGGAUGUCAUCAGGAACGAACAGGGCAUCCCGAUGGUGUACCCUCGUGCUGACAACUACGUCCCUCACAAGGACAACAUCCUGCAGGUGGUCUACGAUCAUGGAAAGGUGCCUCUAUCGGCCACAGGAUCCACAUUGCCCGUCUUUUCGACACCCAACCAUACUAACGGCAGUACUGUCAAUGAGUCAAAGAUCCUGUCGUCUCCUGGGUCGUUGCAUGCGUGGCCCAAGUUUGACGAGCUCAAGAAGCGUGUCCAGACUGAAUGGGAGGCUUUGCCCAAGGUGUUUGAUCCUGUCAGCCAGGAGCUUAGGAGCAAGAUUCAAUAUGUCACCACCGGACCCUUCUAA